GACGCUCCUCGUUACCAAGGCAGCCAGGAAGUACGCCGGAAGUCAACGACACGUCACUUUUUCUUCUUUUUUUUACAUUUUAAACCAACUUUUGAGCAUAACGGGGUGUCCGUGUUUCAGUGGGUGUUUAACUACCGCCAUGUUGUCGUGUGGAAACUUUUUUGCCAGUAACAAAACCGUAGUUUGGCGCGAAUGCUAGUCCUCGCUAGCUGGAACGGCAACAAGUUGUUUUGCUAACUAGUUAGCUUCAACCAGCUAGCUUUAGCAAGAGCAUCUAUGCGCCCGCCAUCAUGGGCACGGCGUCCUCCCUGGUCAGCCCGGGCGAGGUGAUCGAGGACGGCUACGGGGGCGACGGCGGAGAGGCCUGUGAGAUCCCCGUGGAGGUCAAGCCCAAAGCCCGGCUACUGCGCAGCUCCUUCCGCAGGGGACCCCGGGUGAUCGGCGCCAGUUUCAAGUCGACAGGCUCCGUGGACCUGGAGUACGCCGCCGAGUACGAACGCCUCCGGAAAGAGUACGAGAUCUUCCGUGUCAGCAAGAACAACGAGAUUACGUCGAUGCAAAAGAAGGAGGCCAAGCUGGAUGAGGAGAACAAGAGGCUGAGAGCCGAGCUACAGGCUUUGCAGAAGACCUACCAGAAGAUCCUGAGGGAGAAGGAGAACGCGUUGGAGACAAAGUACCAGGCCAUGGAGAGGGCUUCCACCUUUGAGCACGACCGGGACAAAGUGAAAAGACAAUUUAAGAUCUUUCGGGAGACGAAGGAGAAGGAAAUUCAGGAUCUCCUUCGUGCUAAGAGGGAUUUGGAAUCCAAACUGCAACAGCUGCAAGCUCAGGGCAUCCAAGUUUACUCUCCCAAUGAUUCGGAUUCAGACGACAACCAAACCACUUUGACAGCUGCAGGUAACCAGUGUGAGUACUGGACCGGAGGUGUGCUGGGAAGUGAGCCCUCCAUGGGCAGCAUGAUGCAACUGCAGCAGAUGUUUAGAGGACCAGAGUUGGCACACAGCCUAAUCGAUGUGGAGGGCCCCUUUGCCAAUGUGAGCAGAGAUGAUUGGGAUGCUGCAGUGGCCAGUCUGCUGCAGGUGUCUCCACACGUGCCACAGGCCUUGUGGAGCAACACGGUGCGCUGCUACUUCAUCUCCACAUCAGAGACCAAAGCAGAGAUGGACAUCUUUAGCAAGAAACACUCUCCUGCCCUAAGGAGGCUGUGUGAGGCUCUGGGACAUUUCUAUCUAAACGUCUGCUUUCCAAAAGACAAUGCUGCCUUCUACGCUUUGGUACGAAAGCAGGAGAUAGAGAGGAGUUCCGUGUGUGUGCUGCUUCUCAAAUCCACCGUCAGCAGCUCUGUGGUGGAGGACUGCCAGGAGGCGUUUGUGAAAAAUCCAGAUGGCCAUCCUUUAAUGCUGUACCUCAAGACUCAAGAAGACGCUGACCUGUCUGGCCCGACGAGGACACUUCUGGAGAGGCUCAAUGCUGCAGACACCGCUGCUAAGAUUAAGGUGCUGGAUCACAGCGGUUCUGCAGAGGACGGGGCUGCCCUCAUUUCUGCUCAACUGGAGAAAGUCAUCAAGCAGGAGUUACUCGGUCUCGAAGGAGCAGACGUGGACCCAAAGGACUCUGGGCUUGACGACGGCCGUGAGGAAGACUCGGGCGAUGUCCUGUGGGACCUGCAUGAUGAGCAGGAGCAGAUGGAGUCCUACCACCAGGCUUGCAGCAGCACCGCCUCUCAGAUGGGAUUCCAGAAGUAUGUGGAGCGUCUCAACGACAUGAUUGCCGCCCCUCCUCCGACGCCCCCUCUGCUGGUGUCAGGUGGGCCAGGCUCUGGAAAGUCCCUCCUGCUCGCCAAAUGGAUCGAACUGCAGCAGAAGCAGACCCCCAACACCUUGUUCCUGUACCAUUUUGUUGGACACCCCUUCUCCUCCAGCUCAGAGCCUGUCCUUAUCAUCAAGCGCCUCACGGUCAAACUACUCCAACACUUCUGGUCCAUUUUGGGCUUGUCCAUGGAGCCCGGCAAGAUCUUGGAGGAGUUCCCACGCUGGCUGGAGAGGCUGUCGGCACGUCACCACGGCAACAUCAUCAUCAUUAUUGACUCUAUUGACCAAAUACAGCAAGCAGAAAGACACAUGAAGUGGCUGCUUGACCCGCUGCCCGUCAAUGUCAGAGUGGUUGUGUCUGUCAACGUGGAGACAUGUCCUCAAGCCUGGAGACUGUGGCCCACUCUCCACCUGGAUCCACUGAGUGUCACGGAGGUCAGGAAUGUGGUGACUGCAGAGUGCCAAAGCAUGGAUCUCCAACUGUCCAAGGAUCAGGAGAAGAAGCUGGAGAAGCAUUGCCGUUCUGCAUCGACUUGCAACGCUCUAUACGUCACACUGUUAGCAAGGAUAAUCACCAGUAGCUGGUGCUGGUCGCUGGAGAAGAGCCUUGAGCAGUGCCUCCAGUGUCAGGACACCUUGGCACUCUACCGCCUCGCGCUCAAAAUGAUUCUGGACAGCUCAGAAAGAGAGCAACUCUUCAUGAGAGAGAUACUCUGCCUUGUGUAUUCUAGCCACAAUGGAGUGAGUGAAUCAGAGCUUCUAGAUCUUUUCCCAGAAAUGGAAUUCGCUGUGCUGUCCUCACUGCUGUACCGUCUGAGCAGACUCUGCAUCGUCACCCUGCGCUGUGGCCUUAUCAGGUUCCAGCACUUGCAGGUGUGGGAAGCAGUGAGGUUGGAGUUCCUGAGCAGUGGAUGCAGCGCCGGUACCUUCAGGGACAAACUGAUCCACUACUUUAGCCAGCAACUCAGUCAUGACGGUGUGACGUGGCGUGUUGCAGACGAGUUGCCCUGGUUGCUGCAGCAACAGGAGGAAAAAAGCAAACUCCAACUCAGCCUCUUGAAUCUGUUUGUGUCCCAGAACCUUUACAAAAGGGGCCAUUUCUCUGAGCUGCUGGCCUACUGGCAGUAUGUGGGCAAGGACAAGAGCUCCAUGGCCACAGAGUACUUUGAUGCGCUGAAACACUAUGAAAAGAACUGCGCCAGUGAGGAGAGCAUGAGGAACCUGGCCAACUUGUACGAGACCUUGGGGCGCUUCCUGAAAGACCUGGGCCUCCCCAGUCAGGCCAUGGCUCCUCUACAACGGUCACUUGAGAUCAGGGAGACCGCCCUGGACCCAGACCACCCGAGUGUGGCGCGCUCCUUGCACCAGCUGGCCGGGGUCUACGUCCAGUGGAAGAAGUACGGCAAUGCGGAGCAGCUCUACAAGCAGGCGCUGGAGAUCAGCGAGAACGCCUACGGGCCCGAGCACGCCAGCGUGGCGCGGGAGUUGGAGUCUCUCGCUGUGCUCUACCAGAAACAGAACAAGUAUGAACAAGCUGAGAAGCUAAAGAAGAGGUCCAUGAAGAUAAGGCAGAAAACUGCUCACCAGAAAGGUCACAUGUACGGCUUCACCUUGUUGCGUCGCCGAGCCCUCCAGCUUGAAGAGCUCACCCUGGGCACAGACUCUGCGGACUGCGCCAAAACUCUCAAUGAAUUGGGCGUGCUCUACUACCUCCAAAACAACCUGGACGCGGCCAAGGUGUUCCUGACCCGCUCCCUGCAGAUGCGCCAGCGGGUCCUGGGUCCCGAUCAUCCUGACUGCGCUCAGUCCCUCAACAACCUGGCAGCGCUUCACACGGAGAAGCGGGACUACGAAGCGGCCGAGGACAUGUAUGAGAGGGCGCUGGACAUCCGCAAAAGGGCCCUGUCCCCUGACCACCCUUCGCUGGCCUACACGCUCAAACACCUGGCCAUGCUGUACAAGCGCAAGGGGAAGCUGGAGAAGGCGGUGCCACUCUAUGAGCUCUCGCUGGACAUCAGAGAAAAGAGUUUUGGGCCCAAACACCCCAGUGUGGCCACAGCACUGGUCAACCUGGCAGUGAGCUACUGCCAGCUGAAGAAGCACAGUGAAGCCUUGCCUCUCUACGAGCGAGCACUGAAAGUGUACGAGGACACUUUGGGACGCUCACACCCCCGCGUUGGAGAGACACUGAAGAAUCUUGCCGUGCUCAGCUACGAAGAGGGCGAUUUCGAAAAGGCGGCCGAGCUCUACAAGCGUGCCAUGGAGAUCAAAGAGGCGGAGCCAUCGCUGGUGUGUGGAAACGCGCCCUCACGCCAUUCAUCCAGCGUGGAGACCUUCAGCAUGAGGGGACCUGCCCCUCUCCCUCCUGGCCCCAGGUGACACUGGCGGACAGAGCUACGAAGAAGGCGAUUUCGAAAAGGCGGCCGAGCUCUACAAGCGUGCCAUGGAGAUCAAAGAGGCGGAGCCAUCGCUGGUGUGUGGAAACGCGCCCUCACGCCAUUCAUCCAGCGUGGAGACCUUCAGCAUGAGGGGACCUGCCCCUCUCCCUCCUGGCCCCAGGUGACACUGGCGGACAGAGGUACUAUGUGAAGGUUUGCAAAUAAUGCCCUGAGAUAAUGAGGAUUAUUAUAAACUAUAUACAUUUUCGCUAAUACCAGUUGUGUAAUACAGUAUUAGCAGUACUGCAAAUGCCAAAAUUGUUUUAUAUUUGUAUUUGUGAAACAUAAUACUUUGCCAGAUAGUAUUGUAACAUGAAGCCUCUCACGUCAUUUUGAGGGAAGUAUUUUUUUGAAGAAUUUAAGUCUCGAUCUGAAAAAACAAAUAUAUAUUGUACUAUAAAUAAAGAUAGCGACCACAUUACCCAAUGAGUUAUUUUUAUUUUAUCAGUGCAUGUAUACUGUGUACUGUAAAUGUGUUUAUUUCUAUAAAUGUUUUGGAAUAAAAGAU